AUGCCACCAAAGGUAUCGAAAGUAACAACGUCUUUGAAAACACCCUUGAAAAAGCCAACAACUUUGAAAAAACCAACAACUAUGAAAAAACCAUCAAAAAAUCUUCGUGGUAAAUCAACAAAAAGUAAGAAAAUAUCAUUACACUUUAGUAUUGACUGUACAAUACCAGUGGAAGAUGGAAUAUUUGAUAUUAAAAGUUUCGAAACGUAUUUAAAAGAACGAAUUAAAGUCAGUGGUGUUUUACGAUCAUCGAAUAAUUAUCGCAAUGUUGUACAUGUGAGCCGUAAUGGUAGCAAAUUAUUAAUUGUUGCUGAAAUACCAUUUAGUAAGCGAUAUUUAAAGUAUUUGACUAAGAAAUAUUUAAAGAAGAAUAGUUUACGUGAUUGGAUGCGAAUUAUAUCAACUAAUAAAGAAAAUUACGAACUACGUUAUUUCCAAGUGAAUGCUGAUGCAAGCUCAGAUGAAGAAGAUUAA